GAAUUUGUUCAUUCUUUAGGAAUACGGAGUAAAAAGCCUGUAUAGUAUAAUUGGUGUUCAACUAGUUGUAUUUUUCCUCCCGCUCCUCUGGUUCUAUUUCCUCGAGAGAAAAUCUGAGAAUGAAUUGGGGCAAACAAGCGCAGAACAGAAAGUAAUGGAAGACGACGAUCUGGGACUGAAAGAAAGACUGGUGAUUCUUGCAUUUAUGUUCUGCGUUUAUUACUGCAGUGCCGGACUAGAAAUAUCAUUUAGAAGUUAUAUUUCAACAUUUACAGUAUCUAUUGGUCACUCAAGACAGGUUGGUUCAGACAUCACUGCUCUAUACUACUCCAGCUUUGCUGCAGUUCGUGGAAUAUCUGUAAUAGCUGGAAUAUAUCUCUCUCCUUCAUCUAUAAUGUGGACAUCUUUGAGCCUCUGUCUAGGAGGAACCACAUUGUUAUCAGCUUUCUCAUCCCAUUCGUUCAUCAGUCUUCAGAUUGGAGUCAUUCUAAUGGGAGCUGGUAGUGCUUGCACAUUUUCUACAGGGCUUCUCUGGUUAAAGGAUAUUCUUCAAAUCAACAACAAAGUUGGUGCAGUACUCACAGUAUCAUGUAAUAUCUCCGUACAACUGUACUGUCUUAUGAUAGGAUCUGUGAUUGACGAGGCUCCGAUGAAGUUUAUGCAGUUGAUGAGUAUAACUGCAAUCUCCCUGAUUAUACUCUUCGGACUAACCUCACUUCUAGCAGCGCACUUCAGGCGACGAAUUUCUGCAACACCUCUUAUCACGAAAAUCUGACUUCCAUCGUAAAGAAAUUUUGAAACCAAAACAUUUUUGCUAUAUUUUCUUUUCAUAGUUCAUCUUCAGCUAUCAUAUUUUUAAAUGAUUCAAUUUCUCAAAUUUAUCUGUCAAGUCUCAAAAAUUCCAUUUUAGAGCGUCGCUCAUUACUCGAUCCCACAUGGGAUACCCUGUACAAUAUAAAUCAUUCAUCCCUUUUAUUAAUAAAGCUAACCUAACAGCUGUU